AUGAGCGAAGAAACUAACAGGACAGCAGAGACUGAACAAGUCUUAGAAACUAGAAGUUUAGAUGAAAUAACACCAAUUGAAAAGAAACCACGUCAACCAAAAAAAAUAAAAGAGGAGAAACCAAAAAAAGUCCUAGUUAAACAACAUAAAAAAACAAAGAAAGAACGUGAAGAAGAGAAGAAACCCAUUCUUCCAAAAUACCUUAUUAAGAAGAUAGAACGACAAGAAGAAAUUAAGAAAGAACGAGCUGAAAGAGAAGAAACUAAAAAGAAAGAGAAACGAGAAAAACAAGAAAAGAAAGAACAAGAAGAACGUUUAGAGAAAUUAAAGAAGAAAGAAGCUAAAAAAGAAAAAGCAAAACAAUAUAAAAAACAAGAAAAGAAACAACAAAAAGAGAAAAAAGAACAAAAAGAAAAUAAACUAGAAAGAAAAAAUUUAAUAUUUUAA